AUGGUUCCGCAUAACGUGCUAGCCGAAGAGCCGCAGGUAAUCGGUCGCGACAACGAAUCGACGCCCAUCGAGGUGCGUUCCGAGAACGAGACACCCGAAGAGAACGAGCCCGCCAUCGUCCAAAUCAUCGUUCAGCUCAGCAUCCCCGCCAAGUACACACCUCCAUCGAAGCUAAUAAAUUUGACCGCCAGCUUGAUAGGCUACGAAUCGAUCGGUUUCCCCAAGGGCGGCUUCGAGCAGAACCAGCCUUACUACAACAAAAAGACGAUCGAGUCGGCAAACGACCUCAAGCUGGAAGCAGGAUCCAUUUACCAAUUCGAAGUCUCCUUCCGAGUCGAUCACAGCACAGCACCGUACCAGAGGUGCAAGUACGGACGCCAUCACCAGAAGGUGCAGGUCAAGGCCACUUUCCCGGCACUAAUAGGCAAAAAGACGCUCGUGGCCGAGAAGAACCUCUUCUUUGUCCAGACCGUGGCCAACGCGGGUUUUUUGCCGUAUUAUCAUGUGCAUCGUGCCGCAGAAGAAUCGCUCGGCCCAAUCUUUCUCGGAUUGCGGACGCAGCACUUGACCGUUGGCGGCUACCUGCGCAUCACAUUCUCGCUAGACAAUCCAAGCCCGACGCUGCAGCUACAUUCGUUGAAACUGACCUUGUUGCAACAGACAACGCUCAAGUCUCGGGUACGUCGCAAUUACAGGGAAAUGCCGCCCUCGGAGCGAUUCGUAUUCUUUGAAGCCGGACCAGCAGAAUUGAAGAAGUGUCUUCAGCCCAACGACAACGAAACCAGUCUGGACGGACUGCUGGCCCUGGCCAAGGACGAACGCCACCAACAGCAACCGCCAUCGAAUCAGCCGGACAAUGCAGUCGACCCCUCGCCCUCAGGCUCGACAUCCAAUACAGUCUCGUCCCCAGGACAAUGCAACUGGGUGGCACGAAUAACCAAUGAUGCCGAAGCUCGAGCCUCUACUCUGCCAGGCAGCGACUGUGCUAUCCAGAUGGCACAUGGUCUGGAAGUCUCCAUCCAGUAUUCUGACCCAGCGCUCGGUGACUCUGAUGUGCGAACGUAUCGCGCUUCGUGGGGGCUCAUCUUGCCCUCGUGUGCAUGCCGUUGGCAAACCAUGCGUCUGCCCUCGUACACAGCCGAGGAUGCCAAUCCGGUGCCCAAGAUAUCGCGUGACUUUUGGGCGGGUCGCAACGAGCACGAGUCGUUCACGCAGUGCGUCUGCGGCGAGGAUUUGGAGCAUUUGCUCGAAAUGGAGCAGCAAGCAGCAUCCGAGAGCGAAGUGCAAGCCUCUUCUGCACUUUGGCGCGACAUGCUGAGCCACCGGCUUCAGCAACGCCUUUUGCGAACCGGCGUGAGCGGUCGUAGCGCCUCGUGCUCUCCUGCCAUUUCGCGGAUGGCAUCGCGGCGGGGGAGUAUGGAAGAUGUCGCCACAUCCGCUGACGCUACAGCGAGUAGCUCGGCAGCUUCUAAUGUACGCGAACGGGGAAGGCAAGGUCGUAGCGCUACGCCACCCCAUCCACCAUCCCGCUCCAACUCGGGAAUGGUUGCCGACGACGGUGUGCAAUUCGGCUUGAUCGAAGCAGACGACGAGAUCGAGUUCGAAGUGCAAGCGCGCGAAGUGCUUCACGACCUGCAACUAGACGAGCGCGACUACCAGAGGGAGUGGGACAGAUUGGUCGAGAUGCGUCAGAGGAGGAACAAGGCGCGCAACGAGUACACGUCGGUACCUCCGGGGCCUAGAGACGACGGAGAGCGCAAGCACCGUUCGCAAUCGGCACAUCCGGCCUUGCGCUUCUUCCAGAGACGUUCCGCCAGCAGCAACAACAGUCGGAGCAACAGUAGGGCGCCGAGCCCGCCUACACCGCCAGCCACGCUCGCUGAAUCCGUCGACGAGAUGCGUCUGUAG